CGUUGAAAGUUAGCGAUUGUUUUAUAUUCCUUUAUGGAGUUAUUACAAAAGUUCAAACAGAAUGGGUACUUUACAGCCGAUUUGUACCAUCUCAUCGCCCAGAAGAAGUCGGUGGGACAUUCGGAAGAGUUACAGAUAACUCCAUCGGAUUAUAUCAGAGAGAUGAAAAUGUCAACAUUGGAAAGAUUACAGUCCUUACAUGCGAUACAAAUCGACAAUUAUGUCAUUUCCGGAAGCAAAAGUAAUAAAAUUGUGUUGUCUUUUUCACCGAAAGUUAUUGUCUUUCAAAAUUUUAAGCCGAACGAUAAGAUUGUUGCCAAGUUUUCAGUUAAGAAUAUAAGCAAGGCUCCUACAUUCCUUAAUAUGGUUUUCAAAGAAUCGUCGUAUUUUUUUAUUAAACCAUGUGGAAAUCAGUUGCUAUCUAGGCUGGCCCCUGGAAUAAGUGCUACUUUUGCUAUUACGUUUCAACCAGCUCAAUAUGAAGAUUAUACCCAUCGGGUAACUUUCUAUACCGAUGUUGACCAGUACAUUGUACCAUUAAUAGCAAUGGGACCGCGACCUGUAUUUGACUUUCCAGAUAACGUGGUUAUUCCAAAAACUCCGCUGAAAGUAGAAAAAGAUAUUUUAGUAUCGUUGCGUAACGUUGGUACAGUGCCUGGAGGAUUCACUUUAUCUACGAGAAGUCCAUUUUCGGUCCAACCCAAAUCUGCGUAUUUGAAUCCUAGUCAAAAAGUUGACGUACGAAUUGCGAUGAAGACAAUGCGCUUGGGCGACAUAAAUAGCACAUUGAACGUUAUUUUUGAAUCAGGUGAAAACUUCCAAAUAAAUUUAUCGGGACAUACAUAUACUGUGAGCGUUGAGUUGGAGAAACAAGUAGUGAGAUUUUUUGAUACAUAUAAUACAUUAGUCCGACAGCAAACUUUCAAGAUUACCAAUAAAUCCGAUCAUAUAUUAUCAUAUAUGUGUAUGAAGAAUGACUGUAUUUAUUAUGAUUUUGAAGAAAAGGUAAAAUUAGCAUCUGUAUUUUAUAAUUUAAAAGACCUCGAAUCCGGGAAAUGCGCGAAACUGGUUUACUAUGACGUGUUGAGUAGUGACGAGCAUGAGCGUGUUUACACGAGGAUAUUCUAUGAUGAGAUCCAGGCUUUGGUCGCAGAUGAGUCGUUACAAUAUCAGGAUAAGCACUUUUCAAUAACACCUAUUUAUGGCAAAUUGUGGCCUAAGAAAUCAACAGAAAUAACAAUAACGUUUUCACCAAAAGAAAUUGGGGAAUUUAGCACAAUCGCAUAUUUGGACAUAGACGGGGUGAAUGACCGCGUUCCUCUAAAGAUUGUCGGCACAUCGUUGCCGCCUUCCAUAAACCUAAAUUUAGAGACGCUGGACAUGGAUUGUGUGUAUAUAAACAAGAAAUACGACUAUGAGAUUGUCUCUAUAAACAAAGGUCAUAUCAAUGGUGUAUUAUUAUAUAAAAACGUUCCUCCUUUAUUUGGAAGCAAAAUUACGUGCACGCCAACAAUGCAUUGUUUGAGACCAGGAGAAAAAGAUAUAUUUGUUAUUUCAUUUUGCAAUUCAAAUCAAGGACCGUUUUUCGAGGAAAUUAAUUUCGCUAUACGAGAUACAGAUGUCGUGCUGAAAGUGUAUUUAAAGGGCGUUGUUAUCUAUCCAUCGUUAAUGUUUAGCAUUCCUUGCUUGGAUUUUGGUAUGGUCAGUUUAGGUGUACCAAAAACAAUGGAAUUAGAGGUUAUAAACGAGUCUAUAGUGGAUGUAAAUGCAAAUGUUAAAAUAUCGUCAGACGGCCCUGAGAUAAGCAGUAUUACUUUGGAAGAUUAUGCUGUGACCAAUAAACCAAAGCCUACAGUCCCACAAUGGCCUAGAGAAUUCCAUAUCGCCCCACAAAAAGUUAAUAUAGGCCCGGAAUCAAGGGUAUCUUUAAAGAUAACCCUGACAGCAAAUUUAAUAAGAGCUAACCAGACAUCUCUGGAACUAGAACUGGACAAGUCUGACAGCCCGCCAAUUACAUUACCUGUUACAUUUAACGCUUUGGUUCCUGCUAUAACGCCAGCAUCAGAUAUAAAUCUUCGUGCAUGCUUUUUGGAUUUCCCGUAUAAAUGUGAUAUUGUGAUAACUUGUAAUGAGUUCUGGGGUUAUUUUACAUUAGAAGAACCUGAGGAAUCAUCAACGUUAGAAGUUAAAGUUGGCGUUAAAGAAGGCUUGAUUAAACCAAAUUGUACAUUAUGCUUACCAGUUAUAAUUAAAACAAAUGUCUUGGGAAUGCAAGAACAAUCGAUAUGUGUUAAUCUUUUUGGAUUGUCGUCACCGGUUCAAAUUUGUCGUAUAAAUGGGUGCGGUGUGCGGCCCAUAGUUACUUGUACACCAAUAGCUCUUCAUUGGGGCCAAGUUAAAUUACUAACAAAAACGCAAAAAACGCUUACACUUUGCAACGACUCUCCAGUGGUGGUCAAUUUUAGAGCUUCUCUGUUGAAUCGCGAUGGUCGGUGGCAAAUUUACCCUACAGAAGGAUUUAUUGAACCCGAAGGUGAAACAGAUCUUACUCUAACUCUAUAUCUUAUUGAUGCUGACAGCUAUACUAAUAAGGCUGUGAUUCAGUUGGAAAGAGUCAAAGAUAUUUUGGUUCCACUAUCGGCGACUGGUGUGGGAACGAGUAUUUUAGUCGGUGAAUUUAGAGACAGGGUUGUGCUUGGAAGGCAUUUUACUAAAAUACCGUUAAACUGUCAAGUGGUAAUGGAAAACUGUGGCACACGAAUGCACGCUUUAGAAUGGAGCGAGUAUUACAAAGCGCCGAAAACAAAGCAACAUUCUGUAGCAUUCUAUAACUUGGAGCCGAAAUCUUUUAAAGUGGCGGCUGGUGAGAAGUUAGAUUUGACAAUAACUGGCCUUUCCAAUAAAGUUACCACUGUUAAAGAAAUGUGGUAUCUAGUAGGAAGCGUGGAAGGGAUAAAUAAGAAGGAGUUACUACUCGAGUGCCAAAUUAUUGCAGAAUUCGUUGACCCUAAAAUAGAAAUUUCAUUAAAUGUUAUUGAUUUUCAGUAUGAUUACGGUCCAUAUAGCGAAUUUUAUAAGUUAACAGAUAUCGUUACAAUAAGAAACGUUUCAAAACUACCCUUAGAUUUUGAUAUCAGUGUAAAACCGCCCUUUGCAAUCAUUCAUAAACAAACAACAUAUAAAAUAUUACCUGAAGAGGAAAAUCUUUGUGGUUGCAUUUGCUAUACUGAAUCAGAUUUAAAUGUUCUUAAAAUGUCAGACAGUGACCCUUACCAGUGCAAAAUAUUUAUUGACUAUUUAACUCUAAAACCAGUGGAUCCAUUACGGAAUGAACCUCUUCAUUUCUUUCAAGAUAUAAAUAAAAUAAAAAUGGCUUUUAAUUUGACACAUACAGUCGAAGAACGAUUAGAAGAUCAAGAAGUUAUGAAGAUACAAAUUUUAUUUGAUACGACAAAACAUUUGUCUCUAAAAUCUCGUGUUUACUGUGAUUUGUUACGAGUUAAGUUUAAAGGCCAUAAAAAUAAAGAUGUCAUUAAACUAAUUGGAAAAAUAAACUUUCCAAAUGUGCUUAUACUAACUCCGCGAAUAGAUUUUCAAUGCGUUCUGAAUGGAAGUAUUGAGAGUAAAACUAUUAAGAUACAAAAUGUGACGCCCUUACUCGUAUGCUAUCAAUUUAACUGGAAAAAGUACUGUAUCGUUGAGACAAAACUGCCAGAUAGAUCCGCAGACACCGUCUACAAGAGUUCAACAGAAACUGAAGCUAGUGGUGGUGGUGAAUUGCAUGAAAUUUUAGCGUGUCGAACACCUGUGGGAUCAGCUGUUGAUAAUAUAGGGAAAGAGAUUAUUGAAAAUAGUUUGAUAUUGACUACUCAGAACGAAGUGCCUAAUGAAAGGAUAUCUGUUCUUAAUGAAGAUAUAAUACUAGACAAAAAGUUUAAAAAAUACACAACUAUGAAGACCAUUACGCCGAUGAUUGCUGUUGAUUACGAGUCUGAUUUUGAAUGGAUACAUAAAUUUUCAAAAAAAGAUAAAAGCCCAAACAUUUGUAUUAAUGACGUGCUACAGUUAACCCCGCAUCGUGGUUUACUAAAGCCUAAUGAGGUGGAAUUCAUUCAUGUAAUUUUUAGGCCUAAAGUAAAUAUGAAUAUUCGUGCUACUUUAGAGUGUGAAGUACUGGGGGGACCAGCUGAAAGUAUACUAGUUACCGGCCAAAGCUCGGAUUUGAUAUAUAAACUUAACACGGGAAAGAUAAAUUUUAAAAUAAGGUCCUUUCAUGAAAAUGCCUUUGAACAAUUGAUAUUGACAAAUGUGUCACUACUGCCUUUCGAAUAUAAAACGUAUUUAAACGAACCCAAAUGGGAAAAUGAUUUAUAUGGUACCAUACUCAACGUUAUUCCUGAUGGUAGAGUUUUAGACCCAGAAGAAUUCAUUAGCGUUAACAUUGAAGUAAGACCAGGUGCCAUGGGUUAUUUUGGUAGUACCUUUGUAUUGGAAGUUGGCCAUCUUCCUUUUAUACCUAUUGAAGUUUUUGGAUGGGGAGUUAUACCACAAGUCUAUAUUUCAUUGCCACGACCAGAAAUAGCCAAGCUAAGUCCAGAAGUUGGGUACCAAGCAAUUCCUACACUGACCGAAGAAUAUCUGGAGGCCAUCAAUGAAAUAUUUAUGAAUCGCAUGACAGAACACCUAAAUUCACCAUUUACAGAAAAGUGUUUUGAAGACCCAAUGUUUCAUAAGGAUUGGUUUAUAUGUUCUACAUGGGAUGGAUACCCGUCUUCUAUGGACAUCGAACUUGCGAUUGAACGGAUGCUACUAAUAAAUUACAUUAAAUUACGACCAGACAUUUUAAAUGUUUAUUCUACUACGUCGAAAAUGAUACCGAUACCCGGUUUUCAGACAACACCGUACGUUAUUGAUUAUGGAGUGGUGAUAACUGGAAGUUGCGUUCACUGCUGUGUAGAUAUUAUUAAUUACGGACCUAUUGUACUCAAACUACAUUUUGCGAAAGGGACCCAAGUUCCUAUAUGGCUCGGAUUAAAAUUGUGUGGAAAGUUAAACCCAGGGGAAUCUGGAAAAUUAGAAGCCACAUUCUCUCCAACAUCAAACGAUUUUACUGAAUUAGAACAAAAUGUUGAAACUUCGUUUAAUAUAGACGUACCAUACGGCGUAACUAUUCCAAUUCAAAUAAAGGCAUUGUGUGCAGUUCCCUAUUUAAUGUCUAAUGUAAGCGCUAUCGACUUCGGUACAGUACGAUGCGGUGACAAAGUUAUAUCCUCAAUACCUUUAAAAAAUAUUGGAAAACCAACGUGUAUAUGGUAUGUGACUUUGAAGUCUAAAACACCAGGCCCUAAUCCUAUGACAGUUCUUGAUAGUUCUGGAAAGUUUGAGCCAGGCGAGGGAGGCUGGCUUAGUAUAGCUUUUAAACCUAUCAUGGAGCUUCCGUACGAAGGUCUCCUAAUUUUCAAGUUCCAUAUGAACCCAAAUCGAAUGACAAUACCGGUGUCUGGGCAGGGUAUUGUGCCACAGGUUCACAUUAUUGGACCGAAUGUUAGUUUCCCGCCAACUCUACCCUGGGCUGAAACCACAGAUAUUUAUUUUGGAUUGACAAACCCAUGUCCGUUUCCGAUAGAGCUCAUUGUUGCGCAUAGUGAUGUAAAUUGGAACGAAGAAGAAGAAAUAUACCAACUGCUACAUAAAUACUACAAUAAGCCCGAUGAAAUGUUGGUAAAAGCGAUACGACCAGGGGCGGGUAUGCCCGAGGCAAUAAUGAAUUUUUAUAUCAGAUUCAAAGAAAGAGUCAAAAGGUGCAUUGAAGAAGAAGGUCAGAUGUCCAAGGUUUCAACAAAACAAACUGCGGCUGCCAAAAAAACGAAGAAUAUUAAGGGUCCUGUAUCAAAGACCACAACACGAGACAAUUUAAGUCCAAAAAAGGCACGAACUGAAACUGAAAUUAUAAAUGAUAUUAUUGGCUCCUUAAAAGAAUCUAAUGUAGAUCCUUUGAAGGAAAGCAUCGCAGCUUACGAUGCGACAUCAACAGCUGAUGACCAAGCUGACAAUCAUGCGAAAGGAAUUUUAAUAUUCUUUCAUGGUUCGCCUUGUGAAGAAAUAAAUUGCCAAGAGAUGGCCUAUUCAACGGGCAAAGCACUUGGAAUUCCUACUGUCAACGUUGACAUGUGCGUUGUGGAAGCAUUAUGUACAAGCACUUGUAACGCGAAAAUGGUCAUACUAAAUGCAGUUAAUGAAAUGUUCGAUGUGGUACAUAAGUUUAAAGGGGAUGAUGAGAAAGAGACAGAAAGUGAAGAUUUGUUUAAAGAAACUGAUGACGAAUUCGACAUAAUAUGGAAGAAAAUAGAGUUUUUGGCGUAUAGCAAAAACAUAGCAACUCCGCGAUCUAAAGCAAGUGAUAAAAAGAAAAAGAGAUCCUCCACAUCUUCCAUAACUUCACAUUCAGCUGUCGGAGCUAUGGGAUCCACUACAAUGUUUCAAAUGGAUUUAACAACCGAACUCUUAACGGACUUCUUUAAGCAUCCAAAGUUUAACCGAGGGUUCAUCGUGGAUACUUUAACGAGUAUCGUUUUCAAAAGUCCACCUUUAACGCUAACGUCGCUUAUUAAGUGCAAAAGUAAUAUAUGGAAUAUACAUUUAGUGUUGUGUCAAUCGGACUUCACAAAAUGGGCUCAAAGCCACGAGGAAACGCUGCGAGAACAUGAACAAGUAGAUGAAAACGUAUCCAAGACCUAUGAUGAUACAGAAAUUGAAAAUAUUAUUGAAAGCUUUGAGGACAUGGAUGAAAAUGAAUUUGAAAAUGCAAAUCCGGAACAUAAGUCCAUUUAUAUUACAUAUGGUUUAGAAGACAGGAGGAGGCAAUACUAUGAAAAACAAGGAAAUCCAGAUGACUACGUCAAACUAGAAAAGAGUGGUCGAGAUCGCAGUAAAUCAUUACUCGUUGUUGAUAAUGAAUCGAAGAAAAAGAUGAAAAAGGAAGACACUAAAGCGAAACCCACAAGUGAAUAUUUAUUAAUGAGCACAAGGUAUAAUGAAUACUCCAAAAAUACUUACGAUAAUUUAGUCAAUAUCGCAAAUAAUUGGAUAAUUGAAGAGGGUGAAGUGGGUUUUCCGUUAUACGGCUUUAGUGGUCAAAUCGUUGGAUCUUCUCAUAAGAAAUUGAAGAAAAAAUCCGAAAUUCAACUUCAGGUAACAUCCUCUCAGACAUCAACAAGUGAAAUACCAUCUAUGUCCAUCGACAAAACGUCGGAAGAAAAUCAAGAAGAGAUGUAUCCGUUACCUCUCCAUAGUGUUAAAUGUACUAUAGAGCGUGAUAGGCGAAUAGUCCUUGAGCCUGGUGACCUCGUGAGAUGCAAAUAUUCGUUUAGUCCACAAUACGAAGGGAAUUACGCCGUCAAACGCUUCGUCGAAGUCAGUGGAUGGCCAGCCUCAAGAAUAGAUAUAAAUGUUUUGGCAAUUUGCGAUUUACCAAGGUUGGAUAGCCGUCCUAAGAAAAUGUUUGAGAACUUCGUUCGUCGCUCGGUAGAAGACAAAGUUUACAAAGUAACUUAUAUUGACGAUCAAAAGUUGUUCGAGUUUGGGCCUAUAUUUAUUGGUGUCAACAGAAUAUAUGAAGAGCAAUAUUCAAUUGAAUUACGGAACUCCUCUCUAAUAACAGCCGAUGUCGUUGUUGAAUUUUUGGAAGAAACGACCGUAUUUCAAAUUGAUAAAACUUUUGUUAAUUUGGAGCCUGGAUGUCGAGGAAAAGUCACCGUGUCUGCAGCACCGGCUGAUUUAGGAAUACAUACAAGCGUCCUACUGUUUUGUGUUAAGGAUAAUCCAGAAAUCGUUACAGUUAAAAUUGCUUGUAACGGUGUCAUUCCUGUGGUCGAAAUACUGCCUUUGACAAAAUCUAUUGAAUACGGUCGCCAUUUGCUAUAUCGAAAAGAAGAUGACAGAUUUAUCGUUAAAAAUGAUUCGAUUUUACCCAUUAUGUGGCAAAUUCACAACCCGCAAGACUUUGUUGAAGAUUUUAUAAUCGCUCAAACAUCAGGCAUUGUACAACGACAGGAUAAUCAAGUUGUGCCAGUUACCUAUAUCGCUUGUAGAGUUGGCGUGAUAUCGCAUAAGGCUCUUACAGUUGAUAUAUAUGAUGCUGAAGGACGAGGGAAUCCAAUGAUAGUCGAUGCAUUAUAUUUAUCCGCGGAAUGCUACGAUGUUAUGGUGGAAUGUGCAUAUGAAAAUCCCAGUGAAAAUUUCCUUAAUUACGGAAACGUCAAAGUCAAUUCAACGGUCGUUCAGGAAAUGUAUCUUUUGAAUAGAGGAAAAUAUAAUAUUUUCUACAAGUUAAAAAAGGUCAAGAAUUUCCCUGAGCCAUCAUUGUUAAAGUCAUUUGAAGCGAUCCCCGAGUGCGGUAUUGUACCUCCCACGGUAAAAUUAAUUAGUAUUGAAUUUGAAUGCACGCCCACGACUUCCAUGAAUUUAGUCAACACCCCUGCCUACAUUUGCUCGUUGCUGGACGGAAGCAAAAAUCAGGUGGUAGUUGCGAAGUUUCCGGUUUGCGUGACCAUUGCAUCGUUUUAUAAUACAUUCACAUUAUUCCCUCUCGGAGAAUUGAAUUUCCAUAUAAUACCAGUUGGUAGUGGAGUGAUGAGGGAAGUAAUCUUAAAUAACACAAGCAAAUGUCCAAUAACAUACGAAAUAAUUUUACCUCAACAAUACCAGUUGGACCCUGACGCUCAACCUGGAGCUAAACUUAAGGAUAAUAAGAUCAAGAAUCCACCGUUGAAGUGUGGAAACUUCUUCAUAAUGAAUGAUGACAACCUCCUUGCUCCCGGAACGAGUAGAACUCUUCAAAUACAGUUUAUGGCAACGGCGGCAAGGACCUUCGAGGAGACAAUUAAAUUUAUUAUUAGUGACACAUGUCCAGCGGAAGCGUGUGGGGUGCCUCUCAGAUUAGUAGGCACAGGCGCCAUGCCAACAUUAGACUUUUGGAAUAUCGAAACAACUUUUAGAGAACAUUUGAUUGUGAAAUGUCUUUCGGAAUACAAAGUGCCUGAGUCUUCUCCACACUGCGUUUUCGUGGAAGAUUCCGUGACUCUUCACUUCUAUGGAGUGAACGUUAACACAAGUUAUACAGCCGCAAUAGACUUAUAUAACAGUGGCUUGGUAGCAUCAGCUCUGACUAUGAGGCUACAUUAUCAAUCUAAUUCAAAUUUAGAUAUAUUCUCCCUCGACAAGUAUCAAACGCAUAUUGAACCGUUGCUACAUAAAAACUUGGGAAUCAUAUUUAGUCCGAAAAGAAUUGAACAAUACAGGGCGGUGUUGGAAAUAAAACUUAAGCUACUCGAUAACCAAGAGAAGUCUUUCAAAGUAUGCUUGAUAGGUGAUGGUGUUAUACCAAGACUGCGUUUGCUAUAUCCACAACCUCGCCAUCACAGAAUAGCCCUGCUACAUUUCCCGGUUACGUGUUUGGGAUCGAUAAGUAAACAACAAAUUCGCUUUAAGAACAUAAGCUCGGUUAAAAGCAAGGUAAAGGCCGACGUGUUCUGUCCGCAUAAAGAAGAAAGGCCUGUAUUCUGGAUAACUUCAAACUUUAGCAAUUUUGAUAUGGACUACGACGCUAAAGAUGUGAUGGCUUCGUCGUUAACGUUAACAUUGUGUCCUAAGGAAGUUUGUACUAUAUGUAUUCACUUUAAUCCAAUUCGCAAAGGAAGAGUCUCGUGCGAUGUUAAGCUGACGAUAUUUGAAAAUCCUUACGAGUUUUUUGUUGUAUUAUGUGAAGCUGAAGCUUUUAUGGAAGAUGUGAUAAUAGUGGGUCUUGAGAUGCUCUCCAUGGAGUUGGAUCUUGAUGCUUUCAAGUCUACUGAAGGUACUGUAUCGACAGCAUCUACCACAGACACCCGAAAGAAAAGCAAGAGCGCGGCUGUUGCCAAAAAGUCAAAAAUAGAGAUAAAGAAAAGUAAAAGAAUUUCGCAAGCAUCGGUGAAGCAUAGUGAUACUACGAGCAGUAUUGAGCACUCAUUACAAAAAUAUUUACUGGAUUUUGAAGGCUGUGAAUUAUUUGCGAUUAGGAAACGGACCGUUAUAAUGGUGAACAAUUCGGAGAAACUGUACAGGUUCAAUUGGGAAGAAUCUGAAUUAGUUGUGGUAAAACCUUCCGUUGGUUACAUAUCACCCGGUGAAGAAAAAGACUUGGAAAUAAUUUUCUUCUCUCCCAAGCCAAUUGUAUUGAAAAAGGAAUUAUUAUACGUUACGUUAAUGGGAGUUAUUGACGAUUCCUUAAUUAUGGAUAUAAAAGGAUCAACUUGGGAUAACAGACAGACUGUGACGGCUUUUGAUCAUAAUGAAUAUGUAGGUGUCAACGAAAGAUACCAAGCCGUAAUCGACGAACAGUUUCACAUAUCGCCUGAAAACGCGUUGGAUAUAAUACAAAUGGUUGUGGUUUAUUCUGCGACGGCCGAGUAUACUAAAUACAGUUGUGAUUUGAAGGAGGAGUUAAAUAUGAACGAUACGUUUAUAUAUCAAACAAGAACAGUUAAUUUCAAAGUGCGUAACACAAGCAAAGUACCAAUGAAAAUAUUGUGGAACUUCGUUAUUGAUGACGAAUUUCCGUCAAGGAUUGAUAAAGAAAAGACCGAAGUGAAACCCUCCCAGGAUGACGAACAGGAUGUAGUCGAAGCAAGCCAAAUUACAUUAUUUAGCGAAAAGAGCAGCAGAGAGAGCGUCGAUACGUGGUUUGAAGUAGACUUGCCGUUUGCAAUAGAACCUCCUAAACAAUGCCUAAAACCAAAUCAGAGUUGUACAUUCAAAAUAACAUUUGCACCGCUAGAUGCAUUUUCAUAUAAAGUGAGGCUAAAGAGUUUUAUUGAAAAUUUGGACCCAUAUGACCAAAAUAUAUCCUGUAAAAUAUCAGCAAAAUCGUUGGUCCCGUAUGUACACUUGGAUAUUGAAGAGAGUGAUUAUUUGGCUUCCGGAAAACGGAAAGGUGCCAUCGCACUUCCGCCGCACGUCACUGUGUUAGAGUUCAACGUUUUGGGAUCCGGAUGCUAUAAAAAAGCCUUCAAUGUUAUUAAUCCUACGAAUGAGGGCUACGAAUUUAUAUUUGAAAUGGUGAUUUCGGAAAAGCCAGAGUUAGUUCCGGUACACUGCAAUAAGCUUAAGGGUUUUGUAGAUGGUGGAACAUCUACGGAAGUAGAGUUCACUUUUGCACCAACUGCUCCAGGGAUUUAUGAGUCACAGUGGAAGUUUCUUAUCCCCGUUCAUUCCAUUGUGAUGAACCUACUCGUAGUUGGAAUUGUAAGUGAGCCAGACGUGUUGUUCGUGCCAACUAUAUUAUUGAUACGUAACUCUUUGGUUGGAUUUACUUCGGAAAAUGUUGUUAUUUUGAAGAACAACGAAAAUGAAUCAUUACACUAUGAGUUUAAAGGGAAUUCUCUCUGCAAUGAAUCGGGUAAAACACCAGUUGUAGUUGAGCCAGAGAUGGGUGUCUUGAGAGCUCGAUCUGCGACCGAAAUCAGAGUUAUUUACACGCCUAUACAAGAUGGACCUCUGUCUUUUAAAAUAUUCUGCAAUGUCCAAUAUUUGACGAAAGUUCUUACCCUUUGUGUCAACGCCCUCAGUCAUUCGAUUAAACCGAAAAUUUUGUAUUAUUUGAUUGGGAAUGAACAUGUUUUGAACUCUGAUGCAAUAACGAAUAUACAUCUUGAUCAGACUGCAUCAACAUACCAAAGGACUAUACCCUUCACAAUAAAAAACGAUGGCUCUGCCACGUUUUUCUUCGAAUGGCAGUACACAUGCAGCGCAGUUAAGAAAUAUUUACAAGUGAGCGUUGAGCCUAACUCUGGGCACGUGAAGCCGGGAGGAGAAGUUGACUGUACGGUGUACUUUACGCUCAAACAAGUCCCGGUGCAAUCUUUUCCUAUGACCUUAUCGAUUUCGGACGGUCCGGAAUACAGUAUAUUGCUUCAUGCGGAUAUAUCAAAACCGACAUACCACUUUUCAUGUAUGGACUUUGAUUUUGGCAAGUGUAUUGUAAACGCACCAGAUGCGACAUACAAAAAGAAUAUAGCCUUCGAAAAUGAGGAUAAAUCAGCCAUAAUUUUAGAUUUGAAUUUCUUGAAUAUUCCGGAGCUUUUUGUAUUCUACCAAGAGGAGACACACAUAGAACCUGGACGAAGAAUGAAGAUAUCGAUAUUUUUCCGACCAAAGCAAGUUAAACGAUACGAGUUCAAACUUCACUUUUGGGUUAACUCCUUGUGCGAAGAAAUCAUCACUAUUAAAGGGGAAGGAGUUCCUCUAUUAUAUGAUCUGUAUGAGGGUUGCCAAAAAAGUUUUGACCUGGGAGCGGUGAAAGUAGGAGACAAAAUCGUACGACAAAUUGAAGUUAUGAAUCAUAGUAAAGUGGCGAUAGAUGCCAAUUUCGUUUUUAAAGAUAUUUAUGGUGUGACUGAUGAUGAUACGAAAUCAGAAGGGACUAGCGUGUGUCUAAGUCCAAGUACUGUCUUACCUCCUAAUGCUGAGGGAGAAAUAUCCAGAGGAAAAAUGUUGCAACAAUUCAAAGAUGAACAAAUACACGAACAAAUAUCUAUGGACGUACAAAAUGCGCUUAGUUCGCUGAAAGUUAUACCAAACAAGUGUACAAUAAGGCCACACAGAAAAGUACCAAUAAAAAUUCAGUUCAAACCCAUUGGAAUGAUAAGCAAUCUUAACGUACAGUUGAACAUGAAAGUUUUUCACUUUGAGAGGCCGCUAGUACGUUUGAGUGGCUGCGCAACCGGCAUGAGCCUAAGCUUUAGUCAAAAUUCUCUACAAUUUGGUCGAGUGCGGAAACGAGGUUGUAAGAUUCUUAAGGUUAUGUUGCAGAAUAAAGGUGAUUUCGGUGCAAGGUUUUGGUGGCAGCCACUUAAAUCGGAUGAGUUUCAAAUAUCUCCGAGCCAAGGUACAGCCGCUGCUCGCACGAAUGUCACAUUCACUAUAACAUUUCGUCCUGUAAAACAUAAUCCCUUUAUUAAAGUAUGGGCCAGCUGCAAUAUCGAAAACUAUCCGCCUCUCGAAUUAGCACUUUACGCAACGUGUGUGGAUAUAGGAAACAUUCAGAACAAAUCUUUAUAUCUAGAAUGUCCAGUUAGAGAAGUCCACACCGAAUAUGUUGUAGUUACUAACCCUUCCGACGACAUGUGGCUAGUUCUGUCGGAAAUUUCGGGUGGGCCGUUUGAGACAUUGAAAGAGUUUCAAGUGGAACCAAAUUCCACCUUCGAAAUACCUGUAUACUUCAAACCAAAAUCCAUUGGCAAACAUGAGAGUCAAGUUUUAUAUUCACCAUUGGGUGAGAGUGCUCUCUUUGUGACAUUAAUUGGCGCUGCUACCCACCCUAAUCCAAACGGAACGAUAAAUAUCACAGUGUCUGCAAAAGACUUUCAUACUGAGGAACUGUUUGUUUAUAACAUUACGGAGUUUCCAGAAGAAUACUUGGUAUCCACAGAAAUUGUUAAAAUAAUACCGGACAAAUUCGAAGGGCAUUAUGAAAUAAAACAUCCCGAUACAGUUAAAGUAUGGGGAGAAGCGGCCGCAACGUGUAGGUGGACGAUUGUUUGCUACGAAGAGUGCGAGAUACAGGUUAAGGUAAUCUUCGUAAACGUAAAGACACGCGAAUACCAAUUCUACAAUAUUAUAGUAACUGUAAACCCUAGUAAAAUCGUGGAUACUCUGACUUUUGUAUCACGCGCCCGGGAAUCAGCUCAAAUGGAGAUUUCAUUGAAGAACCCUCUUUCUACGGACGCAGAGUUCCAGAUAAGAUCUGAUAAACUACACUGCUCUGACAAAUUGAUGGUUCCCAAAAAUUCUUCGACUGUUCUUUUGAUGACAUACUCGCCUUUAGUAGUGGGUGAGGCUGAAGACUUUUUAGAAGUUAGCAACCCUUUGAUUGGUUCAUAUAUUUAUGGAGUCGUGUUAAAAUGUCUGCCUGCUAAGGAAAAGUGUUUGGAAUUUUCAACACCCUUAGGCACUUCGAUACCACUACGUUUGAGAGUACAAAAUAAAACGGAUGGAAAAACUGAAUUUGUUGCAACGGUGUCCCAUCCAUCAAUAUUAUUGGAGCGAGAGUAUACAUUGUCUGCGUUCGAAAAGGGAAAGUUCAAAGCUAUCUUCGAACCAACGGAGAUGGGCGUGCAACACUGUAAAGUGUCUUUCAAUUCUGCCGUCGCAGGGGAAUUCGUGUUUAAGAUAAAAGGAACCGCCACUACCCCUAAGCCUCAAGGCCCGUUUGAGGUAAAGGCUGGCGGAUUCACGAUGAUCUCAUUCAAAAAUGUAUUUCAAGACACUCGGAUGUUCAAAAUAAAUGUCGAUAAAGAAGAGUUUUAUGUUAAAACAUUGUAUGAACCUAUAAAGUCUAAAAAGGAUAUAAAGUUUCCCGUAUAUUUAAACGAACUUGUCUCUGGCGAUUAUCCCACCGGUUGUUUGACCAUAGAGACGUACGAACCAGCCGAUCCGAAGGUGCAGUGGACAUUCUUCCUUCAAGGCGUCCCGUGAUUUGAUAAUAAUAUUAAAUAUUUUUAUAUACUACA